AUGGACAAGCACCAACAAAUCAUCAUCAUCGGCGCCGGUGUCUUCGGCCUCUCGACUGCCCUGCGUUUAAUUCAGGAAGGAUACACCUCAGUAACCGUCCUCGACCGCGCCGUGCCCCCGGUGCCCGACGGAUCCAGCGUUGACAUCUCCCGCGUCAUUCGGUUCGACUACGGCGAUGCCGUCUACGCGCGCAUGGGCAAGGAGGCCUUCGAUCUCUGGAAGACCCCCGAGUACAGCGAGGCCUUCCACCAGACCCCGUGUAUGUGGUUGACGCAGGAAUCGAGUGAGGAUCAGAUCGUGCAACCCGCCGCCCACGAGUACUCCGUCAAGACGAGGCAGAUCCUGACCGACAUGGGUGAGCCCUGGACGCAUGUUCCGACCCCCGAGGCCGCCAAGGAGCGGUUCCCCAUGCUGACGGGCAAGUUGGCCGUGCCCGGAUUUGACGCCUUCGUCAACGAGGCGGCUGGAUGGGCAGAUGCUGCGCUGGCCAUCGCCCGGUUGGCGGCGCGGUGUGCCUCGGCCGGCGUGGGCUUCAUCACGGGAAAGAAUGGGCAGGUUGAGGAGUUCGAGAAGGCGGCCGACGGCACGGUGACAGCCGUUCGUACGGCCACUGGUGCUCGAGUAACUGGCGACAGGUUCAUCGUGGCUACCGGCGCCUGGACGGCCAGUCUGGUGCCCGCUUGGAACUCCAUGGUCGCGGCGGCCCAGAUCGUCGGAUAUAUGCGCCUGACGCCCGAGGAGAUGAUUCAGCUGAAGGACAUGCCCAUCUACUUCAAUUUCUCGACCGGCUUCUUCUGCUUCCCGGCGCACCAGCCCACGGGCUAUCUAAAGGUGGCCUGCCACUCGUACGGCUACACCAACUCCUCCGAGCAGGGCAUCUCGGCGCCGCCCAAGCUGCCGCCCUCGUCGCGCGCCAACUUCAUCCCCGAGGACGGCGUCCAGAGACUGACGGCGGGUAUGCGGGAUAUGAUGCCGCAGUUCGCGUCGCGGGGCUUCGAGAAAGUCGGUCUCUGCUGGUACAACGAUACCCCCACCGGUGAUUUCAUCCUGGAUUAUCACCCCGAGCACAAGAACCUGUUUAUUGCCACUGGAGGCAGCGGACAUGCUUUCAAAUUCCUUCCCAACAUCGGAAAGUACGCCGUCGGCUGUUUCGAGCGGAAGCUCUCCGCCGAUCUGCUGGACAAGUUCAAGUUCCCGUUGGACUUCAGGGGUCGCCAGGAUGCGUUCAAGGGAGAUGGAAGUCGUGGAGGUCCGGAGAGAAGAGAGCUUCUGUCGCACGAGCAAACCAGCUUUGGUUCGGCGCUCAAGAAUGCCACGCCGAUCGCCAAACAGAGCAAGCUAUAG